CGCUCGUCAUUCGCUCGGUUCAGUUUUAGUUUUCGGCUUUUUAGUCUCCACUUUCGGCUUCAUUUUAAUUUUCGGCUUUUUGGUCUUGGCUUUAGUUUAGUGCUCACCGCAUUUUUUUGUUGUUGUUUGUCUAAGUGCAGUUCGUGCGAACUGGUGAAUGUUGCCUGUGCUGGUUUGCUUGAAGGAGUUAACAGCGCCAUUCAGCCGGAUCAAGGCGGUCAAGCAGCCUCAUCAUCAUCAUCUUUGGCGCAAGUUAUUAUCAUCACAAGCGGAGGCAGCCAUAAACGGGACACUGUAAUCAUGAUGUUACUUCACCUGCUCCUGUCCAUUGCCUUGACCACUGGGAUCCAAGCUGUUCUAUCGCCACCACUUGGCUACGACGACGACACUUCUCCACUGCCCCUUGGGAUUGAAGACCUGGAACGGGAACAGGAGCAGCACCAGCAUUUGGAUUUGAAUCGACCGCCGCUCCUGCCCAACCAUUAUGAGUGGCGACCGGAUGUGGCCGCCAGUUUGCCACCCAGUUACAUUCAGGAGGCAGCCAAACGGGAGCGGGAACUGGAGCGUCUGCAGCGCUUGGAGGAACUGCGGCAGCUGCAGCGGCAGCAUCAGCAACUCAGUUCGGGCUAUGCCUUUCCCGCAAACCUGCCAGGUGUGCUUUACGUACGACCAACGGCUGGCACGCCCACUCCGACGCCCACGGCAGCGACGACAGUGGCCUCGACUACUCGAUUCGCAAAACCCAUAGUUCCGUUCGAUCUGGAAAUCGGCCCAAACGGGGUCCAAUAUGUGUUGAGUAACGCUCUGCCCCAGCAGCCAGGGCCACGCCCUCUUCCACCCGCCGCCCAUGGACGGCCGCCGUUUAUCUAUGGAUUCACCCAGGGAAGCAGCAGACCAUCGAACAAUGUGCUAUCACCGCUGCUGGUGCAGCAAUCCAAGCAGUUCGCCUUUGCCCCCGCCCAACCGGCCCAGCGACACUUUUCGAACGGACCACGAAUUCCACUGCCAUAUCCCCCGAGUUUUGUCAGCAUCACGACUCGAAGACCCGGAUCGGAGAGGAUCCGGCCAUUCCGGCCAUCGCAGCCGGAUCCCACGCCCGACUUGUUCGCCGGUCGGACAUCGAAAUCAUUGCUCGACUCGUACAUCCCCAGCUGGGAGGUUCUCCGCCUGAUUGGUGAGCGGAAACCCCAGCAGGGAUUCACUCCCAUCCAACGACAAACGCUGGCCUAUCCAGCUCCGGCUCACUUAAGACUCUACAAGCGAGAUUCCAGGGAAUCCAGAUAAUGAAAUAGAGUCUUAUCAACUUUAUAUUUUUUUGUUUCUAAAUAUAACUAUAAUUACGAAUAUUUAUUG